CUGUCAUAUUUUUCUAUAUAUUUGGAGGGUAUUCUGACUUUGCCUAGCACACAAAGUAAGAGAAGAGAGAGACUUUGAAGAUGGAGGCAAUCUCUAACUCUGCUGUGCCACUCUGUACUCCUUACAAACUGGGGAGAUUCGAACUCACUCAUAGGUGCCCAAACUUGCCUGGAAUAUGGAAUGAGGAGCAAGUGGAGGCAUGGAAACCAGUAGUGAAGGGUGUUCAUGAGAAAGGAGGUGUCUUCUUUUGUCAAAUUUGGCAUUCAGGCCGCUUAUCUGUCCCUACAAUUAGUGCAUUAUAUUUCUCGAUCGGCAUUGGAUGGUCCACAAGACCUGAUGAUCAAGUGUAUGAGAAACCAACACUUCUUCCUCUGAAAUCUGAUAAAAUUCCUUGCAUUGUCAAUGAUUUCAGGAUUGCAGCCCGUAACACGAUUAAAGCUGGAUUUGAUGGAAUUGAGAUCAACGCUUCAAGUGGCGGCUACCUGAUUGACGAAUUCAUGAAUGAUCAAAUCCACGGUAGGACUGAUGAAUAUGAUGAAAGUAUUGAGGACCGUUGUCGUCUUGCCCUGGAAAUAGUAGAAGCCGUGGCAAAUGAAAUUGGAGCUGAUAAAAUUGGUAUAAAACUAUCUCCUUUUGAUGGCAAAAAGGACUCGAAUUCAGAAGCACUAGCAACUUACAUGGCGAAUGAACUAAGCAAGCUUGGCGUUCUCUAUCUUCAUGUGAUGGAGCCCAGAGAAACAGCUAAUAAAAGUCUUCUUCCCAUUAGGAAGGCUUUUAAGGGGACACUUAUUGCUUCUGGUGGUUAUGGUAAAUCUGAUGGGGACAAAGCCAUCGAUGAGAAUUAUGCAGAUUUGAUCUCAUUUGGACGUAUGUUCUUGGCUAAUCCAGAUUUACCAAAGCGUUUUGAGGUUAAUGCUCCACUUAACAAGUAUAAUAGGAGCACUUUCUACACUAAUGAUCCAAUUAUUGGUUACACUGAUUACCCAUCUCUUGAAGUUGCUUCCUAAUUAUUCACAUGUAUAUUGGUUAUGGAAACAAGAUCACGCAGGAGUUGUGUCUACUACUUGAUUAAAGCACUAUGUAAUUAAUAAAUUCACAUGGUUAUGGAAAAUGAUCAUGUUAGUGUUGUGUCUAUGAUGAGAAUUCUGUUGUAUUAUAAAAUAAGUUCACAUGGUUAUGUAAAGAAUCAUGUAGAGUUGUGUGUACAUUUGAUGAAAACACUGUAUGGUCUGCUUGUGUUGAA